CUAGCAGCUGUGCAGUUAACUAGAAUCACUUUACGAUUCUAAUUAUAGAACCAGCCGUACGCACAAUUUGUGGUGGCAGUACGCAGAAACACGUGAAAUUGGUUAUAUCCAAGAAUGGCAAGCACUUACACAGUUGUUAAUUAAGCGAAUAAUAGAGUUAAGUGCGGUAUCUAGAACUUGAUGGUGGCUUGAAUCGCGUUUUCCGGGAAAUAUUUAGCUGUAACUUAUCGAAAAAAGUUUUGUUUUGCUAGGAAGUAGAUAAGGAAGGUGUCCAUUGUCACCUUGGCGAGCAUAGGAUUAGUACAACCCAUCAUGGUGACGUUUGGUACCAACCAAGGUCCUAUCGUACCGCGACAACGACAACCGAAAUCAACAGCUGCUCAGGAACGAUCGUUUACUCCUAAGGACCCAGCUCCUGUCUCAGAAGAAAGGGACGAUAUUCCGAAUCCGAACCAGUAUCAGCCGUUGGUGCCUCACCAGUACAGGACCAAGCUGUACUCUUUGAAGCCGUCGCCUAAUCUAAUACUAGGAACUCCACUGGACAUAAAAUACUCUCAGGGCUUGAACAAGUACACCUUCACAAAAAAAGAUCUGGCGAAGAGCCUAAAGCUAGGUCGAGACUACAAUGGGCCGCACAUUUUUGAAAAACAACCCUACGAAUUCUCAUUGGAGAAAAAAACCUACCUCAAACCUGUCAAAUCCGCUUACUUUGAUCAAGCAGUGGACCGAAGCGACAACGUCAAAGUAAAAUACGUGCCACAGAUUGGUAUUGUCUAUUCAGCAGGUGUUAGAUAUUACGUACCACAGUUCUUUUUAUAUAAUGUCAAACCGUUGAGGCAACCUGAAGACGAAAAUUCGGUAUAUGACGUAAAUGAUGUGAAAUAUUAGAAGAAAAGUUUAGUUGAUUAUAUAAAUUCAGUGCCAAACAGUUUUAUUAAUUCCGCAGUAUUGUGUGCGUCAGUAUACUCAAAAUUUCUCAUAGAAUCUGGAGCUGAAAGCAGAGUUUAGUGUAGGUAAUACUCAUGUAUGUAAAUACAAGACGAAUUUAAGUGACAGUGUGUGCCAGAAGUUCAUACAUUUACAAUUUCAUUUUGUUUUCCUAUAGAAUCGAAAACGUUCAGUCUCACAGUUCUUUCCGUUCUUCUGUGCCACGAAAGUUCAUCUAUGUCUAUCAGAUUUUCAAAUGAACACACUUCUUGUGGCCUCAAUAACUGUGAUUUUAUCUGUCAAUUCCUGUUUCCCUAGAUAUUAGACUGUCAAAUUAUACAGUAUAUGUUACCACGACAUGACAACACUGAUUCAAAUAUAUGUGAGAUUUAUGAUUUGUAAACCCGGGAAUGCUUGAGUUGCAGUUAGACUAUGUCCGAUAAAUAGGCAGCAGUGUUGCCAUUUAUACUCCCUGUGCCUGAUAUUAUUUUAACUUAACGGUGUAUGGACUUUUGGCCCAAACUGUAAGUGUAUGUACAUUUUAUAUAAUAAGCAUGAUAAAAAUACCUCACUCAAAGGUCAGUUAGAUGUAAGAGUACCGGUUUAACUUACUUUUUGAAUUUUAAGAACAGAACAUAAAAACAAAAGCCUCAUACCAGUCGUAAACUUGCCGUACUUGUUUGUGUAUUUUGUACUUGAAAUCACCCCAGUGUCAUAUUUUUUAUGAUACUACUUAUGUAAAUAAUUUUGUAAUAAAAUUUUUAUUUAUA